AUGGAUGCACGACGUCGGGGGGGGUCGAAAUUCCCAGAGAUCGACGUCUUUGGUGAUACGACGAUGGUGGAGAGGAGCCAGUUGGUUCUUCAGGAGUCUGCCUCCCAACUUCCUCCCGAGACUCCGAUCGAGUCUGUGGAUCCUCCACAGGAUGCUGGAUUUCAGAUUUUGACGCAGACGUUGGAUCAGACUCUGGGGAGGAGUCCGGGAACAUAUUGUAGGGGGAUGGGGAAUGCCCGACAGAGGGAACCUCGACCGCGGUCAUUGUCGCAGGCAAACAGUCAGGUGACUGUUUUGACAUCGCGGGUUGCCGAGCUUGAGGGUCAGAUGUCGGUGAUUCUGCAGUCCCUCGCGCGGUCCGGCAUUCCAAUCCUGAAUUUUGGUGCGCCAACCUCUGAGCCCGUCCACCCCGAGCAUCCCCAGCAGACCACGGCCCCUGUAGACGCCCAGACCUCCGAGCCGCAUAUGGCAGAUGACCAAAUGAGUGGCAGUGCAGAAUUCUCCUACGUUCAGAGCUCUAUGAUUAACAUGAAUUUUGAUAGAUCUGUGCAUUGUCAAUCUUUGGUGGAAGAAUUGUCAGCUUCUCACUCAACAGAUCUGAAGCAGCGUGCAUAUGAAUUGCAAGCUGUCAUUAGCUUAGAUGCUCCUGCAGUUGAGAGUAUUAUGCCGUCAGACGCAAGUUGUGAAGACAUUGAGAACCCUAAUUUAGACCCUUACCAUAUAACUCCAUCAAUUUCAAGAAUUCUCUUCAUCUUUCGACUGCAAAUUGAUAAAAGCCUUUCAUUCCUCAAUGGCUAUGUCCAACAAGCACUAGAGAAAGGUGCUCAGCCCUAUAUUCCCGAUAAUGAGCGCUCUGGAAUGUUAAAUAUCAGCAACUUCAGUAACCAAGAUCAGCAUGAAGCUUUAACCCAUGGUCUUAGGUUUGAGGCAUAUGAGCUUCCAAAGCCAGCAGUGCCAUCAAGAAUUCCUCCAGCUGCAGUUGCAUCCUCAACCGAGCUUGUUCCAGUUCCUGAACCAUCUUAUGCUAGGGAGAUCCGCCAGCCUGCAUCAUUGCCACCUAUGUCAGAUGCAGGAUCAUCGGAACUUAAGUUACGACUAGAUGGCGUUCAAAGAAAAUGGGGUAUGCCAACAUAA